UCCCUCCACACGUUCUCAUUGCCUUAUCUCCAAGCUACUACUCUUCAUUUUUUUCCAUUUUUUUUAACACUCCAAAUUAAACAAAACCACUACUCUCAAAUUUUCUCAGUUACACUGCCACCAUUCAUCAUGUUCACUGCUACCAAAGUAGCCUUCACUUUAGCACCCCCUCGUCCAUGUUCUGCACCCCCAACACCCUUCAUUCCAUUCUCUUUUUCUUCUGUUUCUCCUCCUCACCUUAAUUCCCGCCACUUAUGCCUUCGCCGCAGAUUAUUCCUACUUUCACCUAAAGCCACUGCAGAUCAACAAGGGAAUGUUGGAGAUUUUGACGGAGAUGCUGUUAUUGAUACCAAUGUCCUCCCAUAUUGUAGCAUAGAUCAAAAAAAGGAGAAGAAAUCCGUUGGUGAACUCGAGCAAGAAUUUCUUCAAGCACUCCAAUCAUUCUAUUAUGAGGGAAAGGCUAUUAUGUCAAAUGAAGAAUUUGAUAAUCUCAAGGAGGAACUUAUGUGGGAAGGAAGCAGUGUUGUCAUGCUAAGUUCGGAUGAACAAAAAUUUCUUGAAGCUUCUAUGGCUUAUGUUUCUGGAAAUCCAAUUUUGACUGACAAAGAGUAUGAUAAGUUGAAAUUGAAUCUAAAGAGAGAAGGGAGUGAAAUUGUUGUUGAGGGUCCAAGGUGCAGCCUUCGAAGUAAAAAGGUUUACAGUGACCUGUCUGUUGACUAUUUAAGGAUGUUCCUGCUGAAUGUUCCAGCCACUGUGGUUGCAUUAGGAUUGUUCUUCUUUCUUGAUGAUCUGACAGGAUUUGAGAUCACUUACUUGCUAGAGCUGCCGGAGCCUUUUAGUUUCAUUUUCACUUGGUUUGCGGCUGUUCCCCUCAUUGUAUAUCUAGCUCUAUCACUAACAAGGGCCAUUAUAAAAGAUUUUGUGAUUUUAAAGGGUCCCUGUCCAAACUGCGGAACUGAAAAUACCUCCUUCUUUGGAACAAUACUGUCGAUUUCAAGCGGUGGUUCCAACAACAAAGUCAAAUGCUCUGACUGUGGAACUGAAAUGGUGUAUGAUUCCGGUACAAGAUUGAUUACAUUGCCAGAAUGAAGUAAUGCAUAGGUGGAGGUAUUCCUGGAAUCAUAUUCAUUGUUCAAGCAAUGUGAGCUCAUUAAUAGGAAUUACUAUGAAAGUGACAAAUUAUCAAUCAGCAACAUGCUGUAUUAUGUGUCAUGUUAUCACUGUCACGCAUAAUAAUGUGAUUGAUCUCAAUGUUUGAAUAUUGUCACUAUCCAACUUGUAAGUAUAUGGGCUUUGUAUACUUGUAAAGUAAUCUGGACUCUGUAUAGCAUACACUGCAUUGUUUACUGGAAGAGUUACGAGGGUGCUUAACACCAUCAAUGAGUCUAACCUUUAAUAAUGUGUUA